ACUUCGUUGUGAAGAGCUUUCGUAAGCGAUCUCCCAACAGAGUGGUCGCUCCUUUCUCUCACAUCUACAUGAAUAAUAUAAUAAGUAACCGUCGAUUGAUCGAAGGUAGUAACUGUACGCAAUAGCGUGAUUACUAAAUUGGUCUUAAAAAUAACGGCCGUGGAAGGUCCACUGAGGUAGGGAUUACACAGGCAACAGUGAGUGGCAGUGGCUUAACAGAAAAUGAUGUCCAAAAAGACCAAACAAUCCUCGCUGCCCCCUCUGCGUAUGCCGCCUCUUCCUGUAGUGGAGGCUCCACCGGUCACUCGUGUGGCCGGAUGUGACGAUAAGCUGUAUGAAAAACCGGAAGAAAGUACAGGCGCCACGACGCUGGAUGGCAGAUUGUUGGAACUAGAGGUUGAUCGUGUGUAUGAGCAAGGUGUGACGCGGUUCCGUGAGGAGACCAGUAGCGCAUGCGCGGACGUGCUGGGGGAGCUGCAAGGAGAGAUGAGCGCCAUGAGCGGCAGGCAGAUACGGGCUUUCGAAACUCAGCUAUCAGAGAGACACUCGGCUAUUGUGAGGGAAGAAGAACGACUCAGGAACGCAUUCUUUGCAUUCACCGAGGAGCAAUUAUUAGAGUUCCAAAAGAGUAUCGUUGUCCAUUACCAGAAACGGAAUUGUACGCUUUCAUUAACGCCAUCAGUUCCGACAAACGAUGAACACUUAGACAAAUUUUACAUCUCACCUUCCAUUCUUGAUCGGAAAGCACAUUCUCAGCCGUUUGUGUCAUCCGUCACUGAACCUCCGGCUCCCGUCCGCUGCUUCAGGGGCGUAUUUUAUCAUAAUAACUACAUAGCGCAUAACAUAUAUAUGGAAGGAGAAUCAGGGAUAGGCAAGUCCGCUUUCUGUGCUAAAAUUGUUUUAGAAUGGUGCCGUUUUCGGGAACAUGAGUAUACACACGCUCAGGAUAUCCAUGUAAGAGAUGAGGCCAGCGAUCACAUUUCCGGGUUAGGUGAGUGCAACACACGGUUGCACGCUGCUGGGGACGGUUUCCGGGACGGUAGUGUACUGGGUGAGUUCCGGUUCUUGUUUGUAGUCUGCCUGAGGGACGCCAGCGAGGUCGAGUGCGACAUCGACCAGAUGAUCAUGCACCAGGUCGUUAAAUACCUACCCAUGGAGUACGACCUCACGUUCCUGAAGGCUAUCCUGGCUCACCACCGCUGUCUGGUGCUGCUGGACGGUCUGGACGAGUGGCUUCACCCGGAGAGAAACAUACGUCAAUGCGCCUGCAAACGGAGCACCGUGGUUCCGUUUUGUCGUACCAGGACGUCGUGCACCGUCCUCACAACCACGCGGCAUUGGAAAAUGGCGAAUGCAAAACUGAGAGACUCCGAAAUUGACAAACACUUAGAAAUAGUUGGACUAGAAAACACUGACGAUUUGAUUAAUCGUGUACUUGGAAGUCUUAAUAGUCGAUAUGGAAGAACACUGAUGAAAGAACAAUUUGACCAGGAAGUCGAUAUGCGACAUUGUCGCCAUCUUAUCGCACGCCCUAUUAUCUGCAUGCAGCUGUUGUCGUUGUGGUAUGACGGCCACCUACACAGCAGCUCUGUGGCCCGGAUCUACAGUAGCAUGGUGGACAUGCUGUUCCGGCGCGCCCGGGAUAAGAAAGAAGACGCCGCGGAUCUCGGAGCGUCCAGCGCCCUCUAUCAGUCCUUCGGCUCCUCGGAUGUUGAACUGCCGCGCUUUUAUCAGUUGCAUAGAAACAUAAUAGAUAACUGCAACUUCUUUUUAAAACUCUGUAAGUUAGCUUUCGAUACUUUAUUCACACUGGACCGAGAGUCUUCGAUUGUAUUUGACGGGAAAGUCGUAAACAAGUAUCUGUCCGGUCUGGAAUGGAUAGCAGCUCUCGAAACAGGCAUCCUCUCUCAGACACAAUCGCUGUCCACGCUGACGGAGCGACGUACCAUGUAUACUUUUAUGCACCGCUCCUUCCAGGAAUUCCUGGCGGCCGCCUUCCUGCAUGUGAGGUUUGCGCGCCUAGAGGAGGCACUGGAGUCCCUACUGUGGGUGACGGACUCGGAAGAGACUGGUGACAUCUCGGCAAGAUUAAGCGAUCUGCUGGAGGAGAUGUACAGGGGUCAAAUCUAGGUUCGCCUCUACACACCAUUCACACUAUGUAAAGGGGUCAGAUAUAGGUCCGCCUCUACACACCGGUGACACCGCGUACAGGGGUCAGAUCUAGGUGGCGUUAUGAAUAUAAUGGAAGUGUCCCGGACGGCGGUACACAGUACGCUCACCUCGCUGGGGAAACUGUCAUGUGGUUCGGUCGACGGCUUGUGACGUCUAAAGCGACCAAAAAGGCAGCGCAGCGCGCGAGGAACGGGAGGAAGGUCUUCUUUAAUUGUCAGAACUCCCUUUGCGGAGUAGCCUUGUCCUUUUAAGGGCGGACGCAACCAGACAUGAAUCGUCUUUAAAUGCGCUACCCGUUAACAUAGACAUCUCAUCGGCCACCGUGCAUUGAACUCUUUGGAUCAAAAUUAAUUCUUUGGCGAAUUCCCGGACAGCCGGGGUUUACUUCACCUACUUUGCCUAAACAUUAAUUUGUGUCCCCUGAAAGGAAACAUGUUCAGCUCAACACGUAAGGUUUAUCUAACUAAAUGCAUUUGGAAAUACAUAUACUUGAAUUA